AUGUAUUGGCCAACCAAAAGAAAUGAAUGGUGGCUGUGUGGUGUGCUGCUCACGCAGGCUAUCAUCACAAUCGCGCUUGAAAUUUAUAUCUUUGUGGAAUGGCAGUCAUGGGUAACACCAACCAUCUUUCAGGUUCCGGUGUCAUACCUCAUUCCAAUCAACCUAGCCAUUCUGAUAUUUGCUUGUGUUUAUGAGUCUGUCCUUACACUGGAUGCCAUUCACAACAAGAAUAAUAUUCUCCUCUUCGCAAUCUGCAUUUCCAAUGCCUGCAGCUUUGCAUACGCUGUCAUGCAAUAUCAACUGAUGGAGACAACCACCACAAGACUAUUCCACGACCGCUUCGGGUAUCCAACUCUGAUUGAUACCACCCGCAAUGUCUGGUCUUUGGUCCAGCCCGCCGAGGUUAUUGUCAGUAUCGUCACAGGUAUAUGUACUUUGGCCAUGAUUCCGUGUGUAUACCUUCUACACAGAGAAUACUCAUGGGCCAUCUACAAAUGUGUCAACGGCAGUCGAAAAACAAGAAUGCGCUAUCUAUUCUAUGAGAUUUUCUUGGUGCUCAUCAAAGUAAACUUCUACUUUCUGAUUGGAUUUAUUAUUCAAUACAAUUUAAUUUACGUCCACACCAAAAACCUCGAAUGGACGUUGGCCAUGUGCCUUAUUCCGGCUGCCUUCAUCUGUAUGCUACUUGGCGUGUACUUUGUUCAGCAUGAGCGAACCUGGGGGGGUCAUCGGCAUUAUAGUAAGUAUUGUGACACUCUUUCCAACUUCUUUCAGUAUCAUGCGGGCACAUCGCUUACAAUGUGUAAGGUCUGCUACUUGGGAGUCAUUGCAUAUUUGAUAAGCCGAAUCAUCAUACUCUUUGAGGACUCAACUCUCGGGAAAGACAUGAUGCUUCUUUUUGCUUUUGCAUCCCUAGUACUCACUGUUGCCACGGUUGUUUGCGCCAUCGUGUGCAUCACCAACUUUGACCGUGGUUUCAAGAAGAUCAACAGAUCGAAGAAUGGAUCCGGACGAUCCUCACAAUAUUCACAGGCGAACAGCCUUCCCCUUUCAAAUCCCUAUUUACGUCCGCCCUCCCGACUUACGCUGGAGUGA